CCCGCUCAACGACGCCGACGUCACCGCAGUCUACCCAGCAAUUUAACCAGCCCGAGGUCUCGGUCUGAAGAAGUUAGAACCACAAACUCCACUCCCAGUAGGACUGGACAUACUGAUACCCAAUCAUCCGAUACUGAAAGAGAAGCAUCAAACAAAGAUUUAUACAAAGAAAUUCAACAUUACACGCGCAAUAAUCGAAAACAAUUGUCUUUCCAAGACGAAAAGAAAGAGCGUGCUCAGCGAACCUCAGAUGCAUCAACAUCUGAACAAGUUCAAGUUACCGUACUAAGAGAGAGUGUAGUCGCAGAAGUACACCAAGCUGAAAACAGUCGAUUGAAGAAACGCUGUCAAUCAGCUGAAUCUGUGAUUUGUCCUAAAGAAGACGCAGCUGUUCAAGUUCCAAGUACUAGAGCUCAGGGUACUCAAACACCAAACUUUGAGCCACCAGCGACUGAACCGCCCACGCCUGUAAAAUACAAGCCUAUAAUCCCCUCGACGCGAUUACAAGCAGCGUUAGAUAUCCGAAGAGCUAUUGCGUCGUCAAAAUUAGUAUGUUCGGGAACCAAGUAUUACGAUACUCCGCCGACACAAUUACCAUCCAACUACUUCAGAGAGGUGUACCCAACAUAUCCCUACAGACAUAGUUACGAGCCGCCUCCAUCACCAGCACCGACUGCAGGUUACAGCGGUGGCGACUCACAAAGACCAUUCCUCGACGUAAGCGGAAAAUAUUGCGAGGAGUGUCUGACGAGUGGCCCUUCUCAGUCCGGAGCGCGGCUCCUGAAGGACCCGUGCAUUGGUGACUUCCUGCUCUACAGAGAAAGAAUUAAAAAAGAAAGAGAGUCUCGACUUAAACAUACUCUGAGUGACUGGAGGCUGGAAAGCAGAAGCCUACCCAACUCACCAAAGCGUUAUUUGAGGAGAAACGCAUCGCAGCAGCUGUACUCUGAGGAAUUUCCCUUAACCAGCAGUUUGAAUGUACCGGGUUAUGGCUCACUGACUACAUCGUAUUCACGUUUUCAAGAUAGUGGCCUGUAUGGCCUAUCAAAUAUACGAUCUGCAUCAUACCUAGAAUCCAACAGAAACGAGCCAUUAAGCUAUCUUAAUCAAGGCUCUCAAACUUAUGUGCGAUUUCCUUCGCAUUUCGAAACGUCUGACCAGUACGACUCGCGUACCGAUUUUGAACGUCAGCCAGGGGAGAUUAGGUUUCAAGAGCCGUAUGCAGAAUCGGUGCGCGCAGGCUCCUCUUACAAAUACGCGAAUUUUGACGUGGAGCCGCGACGGCCGAGAGAGCGACGGCCUGGACCCCCCACCUGGCAUCAACCUACACACAAGGAACGACAUUAUAGACAUACUAAACAAGUUAAACCACAAAUGGGGAGGAUGAAUCCCCUUGACGAACACGAGCGCAAAAUCAUCAUAGAAUUCUGCCAUCUCCUUGAAAAAUCCAAGCAGCUUUUUAACGGUUUGCGUGAGCUUCCGCAAUACGGACACAAGCAAUGGCACUCUUACUUUGGAAAAACCUUUGAUGUUUAUACGAAGUUGUGGAAGUUUCAGCAGCAGCACCGCGCUAUUCUUGAUUCUAAAUAUGGUUUAAAACGUUGGCAAAUUGGUGAGAUAGCGUCCAAAAUUGGACAGCUGUAUUAUCAUUUUUAUUUAAGAACAAGCGACACCGUUUAUUUAAGUGAAGCAUUCUCAUUUUAUUACGCAAUUAGAGGCAGAAGUUAUUACACUCAAGCAUGUAAGGAGGACAAGUGUGAGCUAAUGGUAAAGAAACUUCGCUACUAUGCAAGAUUCAUAGUAGCGGGUUUACUUUUGAAAAAAGUAAAAUUAGUAAAAGAUUUAUUAAAAGAGCUCGACAAACAAAUAACUGAAUACGGCAAUGCGUACCAGCCGGAUGAUCAGAACGAGUGGAGGAUUGUAGCAGACGAAGUCAGGUCUUUCAUUAAAGUGGAGCCGGUUGUGUCCGUGCACCACCCUGACGAGUACGUGGUAAUCCUGUCUCACCGCCUCAGCCCGCAAGUGACGCCCCCGGUGGAAAGGACUCCAUCAAUGAUUCUCUCGCUGCAAGAGGUGCUGAUUAUUGGCAGCAAUUCUACGCAGGUCAAGUUUUCAGAGCUGACCAUGGAUAUGUUCAGGAUGAUGCAAACUCUUGAACGGGAGCCGUCUGGCGAUAUUCAACACAUCUAUGACGAGUCUCCGCGGCAGCGGUACCCAUCGACUCCCAGCGCGGUCCACAACAAAGGAUACAACUUAGAGUGCGGCAGCAGCAAAAUCGAAAGUCCUCACAAAUACUUGCUAUUCAAGCCUUCGCCGAACCAAAUAUUUGUGUACUUGGCGAGCGCCUGCGAUGACCUGCCACCGAACGGGGUGGUCCUGCUCUAUAUAUCGGCAGAGGGACUCAUCGUCCCACCCGUCAAACAUCCUGAAGAUGCUGGUGGCUACGACGUAGGAGGUCUCAUCACAACAUCGAAGAUGGACGUGCUUCACCGAGAGUCAAAAGACGGAAAGCCAUUACCAUCCAAGCAUAGGGAGCUUCAGGUUUUACACCCUGGUGACCUCUUCCCCUUCACUCGGCGACCAAUGUGCAUUAUCGUGGACUCUGAUAACUCCUUUAUAUUCAACGACAUGCCUCGGUAUUUCGGACAGCCUCUGAUCAUUCUGAUGUCCCCGAUUGAGCUGCCUACCACUUUAUAUCCUUCAUUAGAAGACCAGCGCGUCGAGGGCAGCUUGUUCAGCCUGUUCCUGCACUGCCCCCUGUCGGCCGUCUGCUUCUGCUGUGACAUCAGAAAGAUGUCCUUGAUGAGCUGGGAACGGGCUCAGGCCUACAUCGACUCGUAUUUGGCUGAGGCUGCGAUGCUACUGAUAAGGAGUCGUCCAGAGAGCAUGUACGUAGCAUACCUGGGCGACGACUUCCUCCGGCUGCUGAUACUCAGAUUUAUAUUCUGUGAGACGAUCCUGCGCAUGCACCGACUAUUCCGCGGACGUUCUCAAAGAACUCGCGCAUCCCCUCCGCUGCCUGAAGACAUCUACGAACACCCAGCACUGACGCACAUCGUCAUCGACCUGGUCUCCCAUCUUCAGGUUCGAGGACACUUCCACGAUCCGGCUGCUGGCCCCCCUUCUACUAGGGAAUGAUAUAACAGGGCCUCAACCGUAUCGUUUGCUGAUCAGUAGUGAUGAGUGUUUGUCGAGAGUCAAGUGUGUAACAUGGGCUUAAUGAGGAUAAUGGAAAUACAAGGACAAAGAGUGUACUAACUUCGUCAAAAUUAUACGUCACUGAAAACGGUGACUAGUUUAAUCUAUUUAAAAAGUUUUAUGCACUUAUGGCCGGUUGCUACAAACAAGAUAGGAUUCGUUUGGCUUACGGAAGGCAGUUUUUUGACGUUGACUCCAUGAACUUUAAGUCAAAAUUUGUCAUCCGUAUGCAAAACGAUUGGUUUCUUGUUUAUAGGAACCGGUCAUACAAUAAUUAAGUAGGUACCUAUUGUAAGACGGACUUUACAAAAUUGUGGGACUUUGAAAAAAGUUUAUAAUCAACUAUGAACAUUAUGGACAAUGGACAUUACACAAUGUAGUAAAUAAGAAAUAAAAGUACAUCAAUAUGUGCGUCUAUGAAGAUAAACGUAGCUAAUGAAUUGAAAUGAUAUGAGUAAAAUAUGUAAAUAUAAGCAUUUAUGUCACAUUCACAUGACGCUUCCUUGCAGAUCUUCUACUUCACAAUAUAUAUAUAACAUGUAGCUUUAUAUGUAGUUCAAAUCAUAUAUUUUAGAAAUUGAAUAUAAGUACAUAAUAAUCAAUUAAAAUAGGUAAAGAUAUAUUUUGUGAAAAAAAAUAUUUUAAAAUAGUACGUUUGGAGCUAUAUUCAUCCAUUAUAUUUAAGAUUACCAUAUUUAAUAGUACACCUAUGUACAAGAUUUGGCUAACACCAAACUAAGGUAUGUACCGACUUAACAAAAGGAAGUGUAAUGAAGACUCCUAGUACAUACCUAGUUAACAAUAGACAGCAAACACUUUCCAGAGGUCUGUGUUUCCGAAAUUAUUUUUGCUACUUUUAAUAAUGCUUACAAACAAAAACGAAAUUCGAUUACAUUUAUAGGAUAUAAUCAUUUUAGGAUAAUAUUCAUAGCAAAUGUAUCAUAAGCACUAUUUUGUCAGCAUAUUGCCAUAUUUACAUUUUCGAAAUUUUUGCCGCAUUAUUGAAUAAAGUUGUAUAUGUAAGUAUAUAAAUUUAACCGAUAGGAUAGGUCAUAAAAUACCACUUUUAUCCCAAAACCUUAUAUAUUAUAUAACACAAUAUGAAUAUUUUAUAAUGUAGGUAUAUAAUUAUAUAUUUAUAUCUCAUAAGCUUUCAGCUUAUAGCUUCUCCUACACACCUAUAUAUGUAUCUAUAUAACCAGUUAUUUUCGAUAAUAUGUUAAUAUUCACAAAUAUAACUACUUUUAAUACAUAUUUCGUAAUAACGUAAAAAAAUAUUCACUUAAUUUAGUAAAAUUGUGACAUAUUGCAUCAAGGAAGACAGUACAUUUAUGUGCAGUCUAAAAAACUUUAAAAUCCAGCAUAAAAAUAUUAUUAUUGAAUUUGAAGUUUAAGAUAUUCUAAUAAAACAUUAUACUUUAUUCAUUCCCAGUAGACCUUAAUAGUUAUGAAAAGAUGCAUAAAACUUUUUAAAAUAAUAAGUUAAUAAUACUCCUUAUAUUUUAAACGCGUAAUUUUAACCAAAUUAUUAUUUAAAUUAGCAUUUAAAUGAACGUAAAAAUACCAAUAAACAGAUAAGAAAACCAAUACCUAUACUUAAAUAUGUAAAUAAGUAUGUAAUGUGUAAAUUCACAGAUUACAAAAUGAGAACCUAUGGGUAUCUCUAACAAAAUACACCCUGAUUGACUAAUUCCGGCAAGAAUUUGCAAAAUUGAUGAGCAAACUCGAAUGAGAGUCAAAAUUAUAACACCCGGACUUGACCAGUGUAUACUCAUACACACUUUUUAUUGUCGUUGAACAAUUAGUACAGUCUUCAACGGAAUGAAUGACAUGCCUACAACUUAUAAGUAUGAGCAUUUGAAAAACAAAUGCAUAGCAAGACGUAUGCUGAAAAUACGUGUGUUUUCCAUCGGAAUGAAUUAAUAAAGUACAUCAAAAUAUUCUAUAUUAUGUCAAUGUAAUAAAUGUUUCAUAGUCACAACGUCUCCAUUUCCAAUCAAUAUGGUUACAAGUUAGAUUUUUCGUCAUUUCAAAUAGAUGCAACGAUGUUAAGAUUCAUAUCUCAUCCAUGUGUCAUCACGAAUAUUCAAAUCACAGUUUAAGAAACUAAGUAUUCAUUUGUUUAAUUGCAACUAUUGAAGAACAAUCAGUAAUCACAAAAACAUGUUUAAUAAAAUAAUAAAACAAAUUAUCGCCAACCCACUUUUAUUUACCGGAUAAACACAAAUAAUAAGUCAAUCGGAUUACAGAAGUUUGAUUUCUGGCGUCUAAAAUAACAUUAUGUUAACUCCGUGGUAUAUUUAUGACCACUGGCAACAGACAUAACGUUAAACCCACACGUUCACAAUAAACCGGCGAUAUUUAGGUGAACGAAAUAUCACUGUACCUAUUUGCUCGUCUCAAGAAAUCAGAUCUGAAACAUAAAACGCAGACUUUGAAAAAACAUUGAAGGUCUUGCCAUUAAUCAAAUAGUUGAUUUGUUAAAGUAUCCAUUGUUAACACGAUUUUACCAUCAAUAUCCUUACAGCCAAUAUCUCAUAAUUGUAUCCAAUUUAUGAUCAGUAGUGUAGUAGUUGUAAGUUUAAAUAUUAUGUCAUUUAUAUUAUAUCAAUUGUUCACCUUCAUUUGUCUUCGAGAUGAAUAUGUAUUUAGAUUAUUUCCUAUCUCUGUACAAUAACAGUAGUGACGGAACAAAUUGAUUUAAAAAAAAACUAAAAAUUCGGGACGGACUCCCGAAGGAUUUCGGAUCUACCGUAAUCAUAGUAUGGGACAUCACCUCAAAUAAUGCAAAAUGUCGUACGGGACAACUUUUGUUGUACGGGAGUCCAACGUAAUGCAAAAAUAUUUAUUUUAUUCUAGUUUUCAGUAUUUGUUGCUGCAUAGGCAACAUAAAUACAUCAUCCAGAGAGAAAGAGAGAUAUGGAACAAAGGUCUAUCUAUCACCGUUCUCGUUCAUAAGAUUCAAACAACCGGUGAAAGACGGACAGAGGAACAGCAAAAUGAAAGUAAUAGGGUCCCAUUUUAACUUUUGGAAGAACCCGAAAAUAUCAUAUUACGUAAAAUCCUACAAUUGUAGUUACAUCAUCAUUGCACACUUUGUAUAGGAUUAAAUGAUUCACUUGGAUAUUGGAUAUAUACCACAUAUAAUAACUUUUUAUCGAUCUCACGAAGUUUUAAGGGCGCUCAAACACUAGCUGACUUGGUCGCGCGUAUGCAUUCGAGCGGCAAAAAACCUGACACACAGUUCCAGCUGACAUCGUUUAAACCAGAAGUUGUCAGUUGUUUGAUGUCGCGAAAACCCGACCGGAAAAUGCGCUGGUGUGAAAACGCCGUAACAUCAAAAUUCUUUACCUGGCAUGCUACAAAAAAAAAAUUUAGCAGAUAGCCAUCUUUAAGACAUUGAAAACUUAAUACUAAAAAAAACAACCAAAAAUUAUGAACUCCAAAAUUUUGAAUAUACCUACCACACCUUUAGGUACAUUUUGACAAAAUUUUCACAUGGAUUCGUAAUCUAAAUUUAAAACAGAUUGUAAUUAAAUAUAUUUUAUUAUCAAUGAAAUAAAUAUAGUAUGUACUAAAUUAUUAUUUCGGAAAUGUACCUGUUAACUUUUGUCGUUUACUUAAACCAGUGAAGAACUAAAAUACUCUUUUCAUAAAUAAUAAAAAAGUAAAUAAAAGACGUUUUCAGACAUAAUGUAGUACGUAUUUCAAAAUUGCAAUAAAGUCAAUAAAAACUGGUUUCACUGCUUGAAGAAUUUUAUCAAAAACGAUAAUUUUGAUCACGGUUUUCGUAAACGACAGAAGUUAAGUGGCAGCUCACAUGUUUGUUUAAUCUAAAUCUUCCAUGUAAAGGUAUAUAAGUUAGUUAAUAUUUAACACCCACACGUCCUCUUAAAUAAAUAUCUAGCUUUGUAACUUGUACGUACUCAUAAUGAUUAAGCAAGCUAUUAUGUUAAACAAUCAUAUUAAGUUUCUUUUUUACUUUUAUAUUUUUAAUUGUUCAGUGCAAUUAAAUUAAUUUUAAAUAAGUCGUAUUUUUGUAUUGAGCCGAUAAUUUAUAUUUCUGUUAAUUUAACACUUAUCGAGUUCCGUAGUAAAUGCUAUAGAUGGAACGUUCUAACUUGCAAUAUUUUUCAGGAUACCGUACCCACAUGCAUCGUAUAAAAUCACUGUAAUAAUUUUGGUGUUUACUACGGAACCCUUAUAAUUUAUGAUAUUUAAUGAUAUCAUUUAUUUUGUAUUUAUCCAAUGUAUAGCUGUAUAACAUAGUUUGAUAUCACUAUUCACAUUAUAAAUAUCGAUAUUUAUAUUAUACAAAUUUCAUUCUCAUCUAAAUAUUAUAUUAUAUCAUUAAAAUUGUA